AUGCAAUUGCAACGAAUACAAUCAACACAAAGAAGUCGAAAUAGUUCUGUGCGUCGAUGUAUGAUUAUUAGUCUUAGUAUUCUAUGUAGUCUCUUGAUCAUCGAUACUUUUAUAACAUUAUUUGUUAUUUAUUUUAUUCGAUAUCGAACUAGUGUAUCAUCUCUUUUAUCUUAUUCAAAUUUUGUUUGUAAUCAACGUCCAUAUGGUUGUCCAAAUAGUGAUAGUGUUGUAUCUUUUAUUUCAAAAAUCGUUGGUGGACAACAUACAUUACCUUAUAUUUAUCCAUAG